AUCAACUCGUAAACACGCUGUCUAAAGUAGCGCACGUGGGUUUUUUUGCGAUUACUUUCUCUUUCGAUUUUUAUCAGUGGAAAACAAAUAUACAGUUAAUUUAAUUAUGUCAUCGAACUUAGAAGCAUCCCUUUAUAAGGAAAAUACGUUGCAAGAUUUUAAAAUGUGGAGUGAAAAUGCACUAAAAACUUAUUUAAAUCUUCGUUCCAAGUCAACUGAGGGAGAUUUUGAAACUUUGGUGUGCAGAGCUUUCUCAGCCUACGAAGAAAAUAUUCCCAUAGAUAGAGAUGUUGAAAGACGCGAAAGACUACUUCUAGCUGAGUAUCAAAAAAAGUUAGUUGUCGAAGAGGAACACAUACCCGAUCCGUUAGAUAUCACAAACGGUUGGUUGGCAGAACAAAAAGGCAGUGGUUUACGAAAAUGGCCAUCAGUUUAUUACACAAAUAUCGAGAGUUAUUUAAAAAUUUUACAAAAAACAGAUAGCUUGAUAAGAAGAUUGGAGUCGGAGUACAAGGAAGGAAAAUCCUACAGAUAUUUCCGUUGCAACUUUGUUAAAGAAAUUUUCUAUAAUGACAUUUGUGAAGAAUCUAAAUAUUGUGUCUUAAGGUGCCGUGUUACUCCUUCCCAGAGUAUCCAUAACAAACCGUAUCAUGUAUGGGCAAUUAUUGAAAAAGAUGGAGCAAGACCAGGGGGCAGAAUAAAAUCAGCUCAUUGUACGUGUGUGGCUGGAUUAUUGGGAGGGUGCAACCAUGUGAUUGCUAUGUUGUUCCGAAUAGAGGCUGCUGUAUCUACUGGAGCUACAAAACCUGGCUCAACUAGUUUACUUGCUAAAUGGAAUGUUCCCACAGGGACUAAAACCACUGUAAUUAAUGGACCAAUAUGUGACAUGACCUUUCACAAACAUCAUUAUAGAAAAGGAAAUAAAUCAACAGAACGUGAUGUAUACAUUACUAAUGAGGCAUACAAAUCCUUUUCUACUGACUCUAUUUCCACAGAUCCGAGGCAUGUCAGAGCCAAGCUUUUUGAAAGGUUAAAAACACUUGCUCCAAAUAGUUGCUUUGUUGAGCUAUUAACAGGCACUACUAAGCGAAAAAAUAUAGUUGAACAGGCAGAAGACAUGCCUCUUGGAAUAAAGCAAAUAGCAAAAAAGUUUAAAAUCGAUCACAAUAAAACAAGCGAGGAAAAUGUUCAAAUAUUUACAAAGUCUAUUAACAUAGAAAAUACACAAAUAAAAGCUAUUGAAAUUAACACAAGGACACAGUCGCAGUCUACUGAAUGGUAUAAUCAAAGGGAAGGCAGGCUGACUGCUUCAAACUUUAAAAAAAUCUGCUCUCGAGUGAAAACAUUGGAAAACAAUGAGAAUGAAUCUUCAAAAAACAUAGUCAACUCUCUUUUAUGUGCUAAACCCUUUGAAACAUUUGCGACACGUCACGGUACAGCGACCGAGCCACAUGCAAAAACUGCUGUUGUUAAAGUUUUAAAGGAACGUGGUCAUAAAAAUGUUUUAUUUUCGGAUGUGGGGUCAAUAGUAUUUAAAGAUUACCCAUAUAUAUCUGCUUCGCCUGAUUUAAAAAUUGAAUGUAAUUGUUGUGGAAAGGGUUUGGUAGAAAUCAAGUGCCCCUACACUAUCAGAGAUGAUAAGCCUUCAGUCUUAACCCUUCAGCAGCUUGAAAACCAAGAUGGAAACAUUUCUUUAAAAAAAAACCAUAGUCACUAUUAUCAAAUACAAGGUCAACUCGGAAUUGCAAGUUUUAGUCAUUGUUGGUACUUUGUCUUCACACAUCAUGGCCAUUAUAUAGAAAAAAUUUUGUUUGAACAAGAAUUUUUCGACAAUAUUAUACAAAGCUUAAAUUUAUUUUGGUACAAGCAUUUUGCACCAGCACUAAUAUACGAAAACUGUUAUGACACUGACAGUGGCUCACCAAAUAAUAAAAAAAUACAGAAAAUAUAUCCAACACACACUGAAAACAACAAAGAAAACACACAUGACAUAAACAAUCAAAGCCCAGUGGAUAUACUCAAAAAGACAAAUGAUAAAGGAAAAACAAAGAAAAUUAAACAAAAACGCCAAGCUAAAAAAGACUUAUAUGUUUGUAGCAUUUGUACAAAGAGCAUUGCAGAUAUUCCAAAUUCAUUUGAUGAAAACAGUGUAAUGUGUGACUUAUGUAAUGGUUGGUUUCACUUUAGUUGUGUUAAGAUAAGGACUGAAGAAGACAUUCCAUUGGACUCUGAUUCUUUCCUAUGUAUUAAAUGUACACAAGUAAUAAUAUAA